UUUCCCAAGUUUCCUUAGAGAGCAUUGAACAAGAAGAAUCAUCAUAACAAAAUUAGUAAUACAAGAUUUCAAGAAUACAUACAACUUCAUCAAUCAAAAAUGAUUUCAUUAACUUUCAUUCUCUCAUUUUUCUUCUUCUUAAUCUUGUCAUUUUCUUCACUAAUUACAUCUACUUCCAAUAAUCUUACACUUUCUCAUCAGCACCCUUUUCCUGAAUCUGUUGUUCAACAAGUAAACAGGAGGAUCAAUGAAUCCAUUUCAAGAAGGCAAAUAUCUGAUACAACGGUAAUAAAUUACCAAUGUCUAACGGGCAAUCCGAUCGACGACUGCUGGCGGUGCGACCCGAACUGGGUCGACAACCGCCAGCAGCUAGCGGAUUGCGCCAUCGGGUUCGGUCACGGUGCAGUCGGAGGGAAAGGUGGCCGGUAUUACCUGGUUAGCGAUCCCUCCGACUAUGACACCGUGAACCCUACCCCUGGAACCCUCCGGCACGCGGUGAUCCAGGAUGAGCCUCUCUGGAUCACCUUCGCCGGAGACAUGAUCAUAAGACUCAAACACGAGCUUAUGAUCAAUAAUUACAAGACGAUAGAUGGACGUGGCGCGAACGUCCACGUCACGGGUGGUGGAUGUAUCACAUUACAAUAUGUUACAAAUGUUAUUAUACAUAAUAUACAUGUAUACAAUUGUAUACCAUCAGGUAAUAGUAACAUAAGACAAAGUACAACACAAGUUGGAUGGAGAGGAAUGUCAGAUGGUGAUGGAAUAUCAAUUUAUAGUUCAAGAAAUAUAUGGAUUGAUCAUUGUGCUUUGUCUCAUUGUACUGAUGGCUUAAUUGAUGCUAUCAUGGGAUCAACAGCUAUAACUAUAUCUAAUAGCUAUUUCACACACCAUGACAAAGUUAUGCUUUUAGGGCACGACGAUCGAUACGUACCCGAUGUUGGUAUGCAGGUGACAAUAGCAUUUAAUCAUUUUGGAGAAGGAUUAGUACAAAGAAUGCCAAGAUGUAGAAGAGGAUAUAUACAUGUAGUAAACAAUGAUUUUACUGAAUGGCAAAUGUAUGCAAUUGGUGGAAGUGCUAAUCCUACAAUUAAUAGCCAAGGCAAUCGUUUUACUGCACCAGAAGAUCCAAAUGCCAAAGAGGUGACGAAGCGUGUGGACGUGGACGAGAGGGAUUGGACAGAGUGGAACUGGAGGACAGAAGGGGAUGAAAUGGUAAAUGGAGCAUAUUUUGUUCCUUCAGGUGAUGGAAUUAGCAACCAAUAUGCUUUGGCAUCAAGCAUGGAGCCUAAAUCUGCAUUUCUCAUUGAGCAACUCACUAUGAAUGCUGGUGUUAUUGGUGUCCCCAGGGAUACCACUGUGGCCAUGUCAUUUGGUGGGAGAACCAGAACAACCAUUGCCGCCAACCGGAGCAGUAGUGUUAGACCUUCAAGGUCUAACGAUGGUGAUGGCGGUUUCUUAGAAAAGGUAUUUGGGAGCGUUGCAUCGGCAGGAUCAUCAACAUCAUCACCUUCAAGUUCAACCAUCACCAUCUUGUUUUCUCUUCUAAUUUUGUAUAUAAUCACCAACAAUAUUGGGCUAUUAUAACAUUGCCAUUAUUACUCAUACUACAGUAAUCUAAGAAUGAUUGCUAUAACAACAGAUGUACUAAAAGAAAAUUUUCUACUCAACAGUAUCAGUAUCAAGGAUUCUCACUUGUA